GUUGACUUCAAAGUAGUUGUCAAAAGAUUGAGGUUAACCGAGGUAGAUUUUUAGAAAUUUGAUUACUUUUUAAGAAAUACAGUGAAUAAUUAUUAAGAAAAUGCUGUACUUAGAAGACUAUUUAGAAAUGAUAGAACACCUUCCCCAAGAGUUAAGGGACCGUUUCACAGAAAUGAGAGAACUUGACCUUUCAGUUCAAAACAACAUGGACGAGUUGGAAAAACGAGUCAAAGUAUUCUUUUCCGACUGCAAGAAAUAUUCAAGCGACUUGCCCCAAUCUGCAGAUGCUGAAUUUGAAGCCGUUCGAAAAGAAUACUACAAAGUCUUAGAAGAUGCUGAUGAGAAGGUCCAACUGGCCAACCAGAUGUAUGAAUUGGUUGAUAAAUAUUUACGUAGACUAGACACCGAGUUGCACAAGUUCAAAUGUGAACUGGAGGCAGACAACAAAGGCAUUACAGAGCUGUUGGAGAAACGCUCUUUGGAACUGGACACACAAAGUGCCGGCUCUAACAUUUCUUCUCAUUUCAGUCAACAGAAAGAAAACAGAUAUGAGAGGUACACAAGACCGAGAAGUGAGAAAAGGAGAGACAGUAACACAACCAUUCAAACCACAUUUACAGAGAAAAGGCAGGCAACUGCUGCCACAGCUCCUGUCCCCCUUAUUGAAACCAAACACACACCGGUCACUCAGGUGGCCACAAACUCCACUUCUAAUGUUAAUUACACUCUGGGGCACAUAGGGGCUGGUCCGGCCAUAGCUGCCGCAGCCUCCCAAGCUAUUGCAGCCACACAACAGAUGCAACAGGGUCGAAGAACUGCAAGUUUGAAGGCCUCUUAUGAAGCUAUUAAUACUGGGGCGCAUGUGAAUGAGUUCGGAAUAGGCAGGGAGCUGGCAGGGGCUGCCCAGACAGCCAUACAAGCGAUUCAGCAGGACCAUGUUAACAAUAAGAAGAAGCAAAAGAAAUGGUCCAGCAGUAGCAGUACAAACACUAGUUCGGUUUCAUCUGCGGUUCAGUCGAUUCUGAACGCGUCAUCUGUGAUAAAUUCGGCCCCUGCGUCCCCACUGACCGAGACCACCGUCCAAUCUGCGGAUAAUGUCGAUGCAGAUUGGACGUACGACCCCAACGAGCCUCGAUAUUGCAUUUGUAAUCAAGUAUCUUAUGGUGAUAUGGUUGCCUGUGACAACGAAGAUUGCCCCUCCGAAUGGUUCCACUAUCCCUGUGUAGGAAUCACAGCCCCACCGAAGGGCAAAUGGUACUGUCCACAAUGUACAUCUUCAAUGCGAAGAAGAAGGAAGAAUUAAGUUACUUAAGUGUGUUGGUGUAACUUUAGUAAUCAUUGUGUAUCUACAAAAGAAUAAAAACAUGUAAAAGUUGUA